AUGACUCCACCACAAUCUCGCGCGUUCAUAACAUCUCUCAUCAUAUCACUCAACACAUCAUCAACCACAACCACAACCGCAACCACACCAAUACCCAACCCUCUCAAACAAGCAACCGCAGCGGAUCGAUCAGUCCUCCUAACCCUCCAUGUACUAUUUCCAAACGAAUUGCUGUCAGCCCUGGAUCUCCUGGACCGCGAACUAGUCGUCCGACUACUUCCAAUCUCAGAAUCCAAUGUCCCGCCACCGAUCCCAGAACAAUCUCGAGAGCCAAACCAGGACACGGAUACACAACAAGUGCCAGACACGAACACGGACCAAGGCAACUCUACUACUCUAGACGAUGGAAAGGAUAGUGGCAAGACGAAAAAAGAUCAUAAAAAUGCAGUCUACUACGUCCGUUCAGCACAACAAACCUCGUCGAAUUCGCGCUUCAGGGAUCCGGUGGCAUCGACUACACAUUACGAAGUAAGGACAUCAAGUUGGAGUUGCUCAUGUCCUGCCUUUGUAUUCUCUGCUUUUCCGGCGGCUGCGUCUACUGAUAGCGAAGAGCAAGAGGAAGAUGAAGAUGCAACUGUGGAAGCAGACGAUCAAGAGUGGAUGGUUGGUGGCUUGUCUUUGGGCAAGGACGUGCCGAUGUGUAAGCAUCUACUAGCUUGCGUGUUGGCAGAGAGAGGAGGACCGUUCGGGGGUUAUGUCAAGACGAGGGAGGUCAGCGUGGAAGAGCUUGCAGGGUGGGCUGCAGGGUGGGGUGGCUAG